CUUUCACUCCCUUUUACUGAGAGUUAGAGCCGCUCUCUUCCACAUCCCUACGGCUCCCCCACACUCUUCCAGGUACACGCCCUUUGACUUGUCAGGGGGAAAAGUUUUAAGGAAAGAAAAAAAAAAAACCUAAAUCACGGAAGAGAUUCUGCUGUCCUACUAGUUUGGCAAGUUAUCUAGGCAAAACGCAGCGGAGAAAGGCGGAGAAGAGGGCAGAAACUCUAACUUGCGCAAAUUUAUACACUUCUCUUGUCCUGCUGACGUUAUACGAGAGAGAGGAGUCAUGGAGUCUGCUAUUCAGACCAUGGUGAAGGUCUUCCUGAAGUCGUCCAAGGGAAAGGAGAAUCUAGGAAAGAGUCAAUUCCAGAGCCUUGUCAAGAGCCAGCUCUCCAACAUCCUUUCGGACACAGACAGCAAGGAGGCGGUCAACAACAUGGGCCAGGGACUGGAUGCCAAUCAGGAUGGCAAGGUUGGUUUUGAGGAGUACUUGAAGCUGGUUGGCUACCUGGCGGUCUCGCUUAGCGAACAGCGCAACCUCGCCAAAGAGGAGCCUGCCCAAAAUGCUGUGUCCGGACAAGUGGCAUUAAGUUCCCCCGGCAAAGAAGAGGAGAAACCAGAGGCAAACGUAGAGGCAAAUGAGGAAGCAAAGCCUGAAGCGAAUAAAGAGGCAAAGGUAGAAGCAGUUGCUGAAGGAAAGGUAGAAGAAAAUGCAGAUGGAAAUGUCAAAGUAACGAUAAAGUCCGAGGUAGCAAAGCCGGAGGAGAAGCCAGCGCCAGUGCUGGCAGCGGCAGCAGGAUUAGAGAAGGCCGCAGUGGAAGUGGUCGUAAAAGAAGAGGAGAAGAAGGAGAAAACAGAAAAGGUGGAGGAAGCUAUAGAGAACCUGGCUGCAGCUGUGGAGGCAGAAGUGAAGAUAAAGGAGGCCACCUCAUAGGGGACAAUCCAUUCCUUCACAAAACAAAUCCCACUACAUGCUUACAUUCAACACAAAACAUUAAUGCCAAAAUAAGCAAAUAAACCACUAAAGAUGUUUUGCCAAAAUACACACAACACUAAAAUACAAGAUAUAGGUAAAAGUUCAAACACUACAAACCCAGCUCUGAAGAAACCCUAUUCCUCAUAUAUGAUAAAUAAUACCACAUGGCAGUAGAAUCAUUGCUUUGUACUACCAGUUACCACUAUGUUCAUAUGUACAGCAUGUUGUGCAUCCCACUAUAUAGCACAUUUACCUCAUUAUGAUAAUAUACUAUGAUAGCAUGUAGACGUACACUAUAAUAUGCAUGUCAUUUCCCUGUGAAAAGUUUACUGCAAAAUAUGAUUUACCUGCAGCAGCACACUGACACACACGGCCAAAGUGUCGCUGCAGCCAAGAUGUUAAGUUUCAAUAACGUCCUCUCCCCACAUUUAUUUUUAUCUGGGUCUUUUCUUCAACUCCUCUACACUACUUACUGUACAUUAGUCCAUCAACAGUAUAUACAUAUAUCACAGUAUAUGUUUCUUGCUUAGCACUAAUGGCUUAAAGGAAUAAUUUUAAUAGUUGGAUGAGACGAUCGUCACCACUCUUGUAUUCCACUCUUCUCAGCUAAUUCUCAGUAAAAAAGUGAAUCAUUUCCCAGAAUCAAACACUAUUCCUAUAAUGGUUCCAUGAAAAUCUGUGAAUAACACUAUAUAAUUUUUUGCAUUCUCAUCUUUUAACUCACAAUGCUAUGUAGCUAACUUGGCAUGACAAUAAACAAAUUGUUUUGCUGAAGAUUUGCAUUACUUCACCCCAUUUUAUUGCGUACUCAAUGCGCCAUCAUAUCUUUAACUCUCUCUCUAUCUCUCUCUCUCUCUUUCUAGUCUACUUCAUGGGCUCUGUCUCUUUCUUUAAUUUUUGUAAUUCCAAGAGAGGUUCACUUCACGUGUAUUCUACAGUCAAUUCAUCUUCACUCAUAGUCAGCCAUGGGUUAGGAACUGGAAGGUCAAGUGAGUAGUAAUUAAGUAAUUAAGGUUGAAGAACAAUACAUGUGCAGUCAAAAGGGAGCCCCAAAUAUUCCAAUGGGAGUGGGCUGGUGACUAGAAGAGUCGGCUAGAGAAGGUGUUAAUGCAACCUAAUCCCCAUGGAUUAGAACAGGUAGAGAAGAACAAGGUAACAAAUACCAAAAGGUAAAGAAGCCCAAAACAGGUGUCACUUAACAGGUGUCACUUGGUGGCAGGUUUUAUCGCUACGAUACAAUAAGUUCAUUUCUAUCCAUUGUAUGUCUUUACAUGGCAUUUCAAAGGUUAUUGAUCCAUAAAUGUGAUGAAUGGUACAUUAUUUGGAGGGACCCCUGGUAGCACUGAAUGGAGUGGCAGAAAUGUAGCUCUUGUUCAGGCUUGUGUGUUUGUUUGUCAGUCACACCCUCAUAGAGUUUAAAGACCCUGUUUGACCUGCAACUGGAUUCUUGAGUCACAGGCAUUGGGAAACCUCUGGAUCAGGCAUUAGAUGGGUAACACACCCUGGGGCGCAAACAGUUGCACGGAAGUAAUCCCAGGCUCCAGUAAUUCUACCCAUCACACAAUGUGCUACCGUCAGAGGGAUUGUUGUUAAAGGUGCUAUUUUAAGCGAAAGAUAAAGAACGCUGAGCCAUCAAUAUGUGGUGUGAUCCUUUACAAAAGGCUAACACUUAAGAUGUUUCAUGCAGAAAGUAAUUUGCUAGUAUUUACAGUGUUGCAAUUAUUGUGGCCAAUUAUUUAAGUUUGACAAGGCCGUUUUUAACCUAACUCUUUAAUGUUUGUACCACUAUUGACAUCACUUGAAAAUGUACUUCUUUGUCACAUUAUAUGCAAUUUGUUAAUGACAAUUUAAUGAUUUGUAAAUUGUCUCAUCAUCAAUAAUGCAGCGAUGAGAAAAAGUUUUGUGUUGCAGGCCUUCUAUGUUAUAUACAUGGCAAGCCGCAUAGUUCUUAAGGCACACACAUUGGGCACACUAUCAAAUGUGCACCUUGUGCACUGAAAACGCACCUGGCACUUCAAACUGCUCAGCAGCGAAAUGGGCAGGACAAAUAAACCUGAGUCAUGUGGUCACCCUGCCUCACUGCGACACUCCCAUUGUAAAUACGCUCUUAUUUACACUCACUCUGCUCAGCCAUUAUAUUCGUAGUACACUGUUCCCUGCAUGCUGUAUUGCUAACAAACCUAUUGGACAUGUUGGGCUAUUUAGGCUAUAUUAUUAUUUUUUUAUUAAAACCUAUAUUCUUUUCAUAUCAAAACAUUUUCUUAUCAUGGUACUUCCUGUGAAUGAUGGAAACAUAUCACUCUCUUGCACCAUCUACAGCCAGCUUUCUGUUCAACAUGUACUGUAAUGUACUGUUGCUAUUCCCCAUAAGCCUUGUUUCGUGCAUCUUUCUUUUCUUUGCUCUCAACCAAUAAUCAUGAGCUAAAUAUGGUAAAAUGAAACUGGAUGAAGCAGAAUUCAUUUUGCUGGCAUGUCUUAAAAUGACUUGCAGUAGCAACAGAUUCCUGGAUUUAGAGUGAAUUAAACAUUGCAAAAUUAUUCUAUUGCAGCUAAUGCUUUGGAACAGCAGAUUGUCGGACUGUGAGAGCUAAGUUUUCUUAGGAGGUUGAACUGUCUGCUCUGGCAGUUUUGUUACUUUCCCUUAGCGUGAACCUCACCCAACCCUAACUCCAUGUAGAUUUCAAACAUCCUGGAAUGAAACACAGCAGAUUUGCAGUGAGGGAGUGUUUGCAGCCAGAUUGUCAUUGACACACAAUGAGUCUCAUUUAUUCACGGCAGAUGAAGAUAAAAGCCUGUGUUAGGAAUCCUCUGAGCGGAUGUAAUAUGUGCACAUACUGGAUGUGCUUUGGGUGAAGUGUUUGUAAUUAUGGGACCAUUCCCAGGAUAUUGUGCAGGCUUUCAUCAUUGUGCGUUGAUGUGCUAUGUUUAUUUCCUGCCAAGUACUAGAGGGUGUGUUUGUGUUAAGCAGUUGAAGUCAUUUCAGUCCACUAUGUCCAGUAAACUCCACUAUGCAAGUACUUCAACUUCAUAUGUAAUACUGUCUAAUUUUUGCUAAUUCUAUGUAACAUAUGUAAUUGCUAACAUUGAAUAAAACUGUGACAAUAACA